AUGCAUCGAUCUGUGGCCAAAAAGAUAUCGAUUUAUCGACUUCCAAAUAUUCUGGUUAUUCAUCUUAAGCGUUUUACUUAUUCAACCUUCAGUCGAGACAAAGUUAAUUCGAGUAUCAGCAUUCCAUUACAAAGUCUCGACAUUGCCGAGUAUUGCACAGCUGACGCUAUUGUCGAUGGCAGCACACUUUACGAUUUGACUGGGAUCGUACAUCACACAGGCUCUCUAAAUGGUGGCCACUAUACUGCCGAGUGUCUUAACGCCGCCACAAAAGAGUGGUUCGGCUUCAACGAUGCAAUUUUAACAGCCAUUCAGAAGCCAGAGCUUUAUAGUUCCAGCACUUAUAUACUAUUCAACCAGCGGCGACAACAGCAUUCUCUUACCAUUAAGAAACAUUUCUAG